AUGAUGGACCAUACUCAAACCACAACGGCAUCAGGUUCCCUACCUACCUACAUGUCCUAUCCAUACUCGAAUCCCUUUCUAGCUCAGCCACCACCUUCAGCAGGACAUCACAUCAUGAUGCAAAUGAAAUUCUCAAGACAAUCCAAAAAAUCAUAUCAAAAUAAUCAUAAUCAUAAUCAUAGUUAUGGAGCUCCAUCAUAUCCUUAUCCAUAUCCAUCGGCGACUGUUAAUGUAGGUGGAGCACCAAUAUCACCAUUUGUAGUGGCCGACUAUGGUAUGGUUGCUGAAAAUGGGGCUGGUGUACCACCAAAUAUAAUGGCCGAUAUUUCCAACACGGCUAUUAAUAAUGCCAACAUCCACCAACAACAACAAUCCAUGUCGUCGGCAUCUGCUUCGUCGUCGUCGUCUUCUGGAUCGGGUAACAACCAAAAUGUACAUUCACAACAACAACAACAAUUCACAAACACAGUAUACUAUCCCUACCAUCAACCACCUCCACCACACUACCUUCACAGUCACGCCAACGGCACCUCUCACUAUGGCAACGGAAACGGCAACAACAACAACGGCAACAGUAACUCGUACAACAACAAGAAAAUGCAUCGCAAGAGAUCGGUCAGUGACAGUGCCACUGUCAAAAUGACACCCAAGCGCGAGUCGGCGACUACCGCGUCAUCGUCGGUGGCAAGAGACAACCAACCUGCCUUUUACAAGGAUAUCGACCGUGAGAUGCCGAUCCUCAUGAAACAAUACCUCGCAUUCGUCGACUCUGAUGCCGAUGACAACCCACCUGUACAAAACCCCAAGCAUAUGGUCUUUCCAGUGUUCAAGGACUACUUGAAGGAUUUCAACAUCCACCUUGACGAGAAAAAGAAAAUAAGUGAUAACCAGAAAACAAGAUGGCAAGAAAUGGCUGAAAAAUUAUUUACAAUCAUCUUGGAAUUACAAGAUACUUUUCAUCCAAUUAAACAUCGUGCAAGAUUGUUACAACUUCAACAAAAAGCAAAACAAUCAAACGAAAAAGAAAUUGAUAUGAUUAUCAAUAACUAUCUUUGUACAGUAAGCUAA